CUUUCUUGGUAGUAAUUGAGAGGAAGGAGGGUAGGCGCAGGACAGAGGGAAAAGGGAAAACAGAAAAAGAAUUGUAUACCACUAUGUCUGAAUAUAUCUUCUACUUGUAGAUAAUUACAUCCAAGUUGCCCUUUUGCCUUUUUAUUUCCAUUUUUGGGCACCUCUUUUUAUCAUCCAGCCAACUGGGAUAGACAAAGCACUGUUGGUGCCCUGAGCGACAGAACUCUGGUAGGGGGCUGGCUGUAAAUUGACGUGGCAUGGAAAUUCUCUGCUAAGUUUCAGCAGCUUGCAUGUUUCUCUAAGAUCAAGCCCAGCCUCCUGGAGCUGUAGCUUAAUCAUGGGUUCAGUGACUUUACAGAAAAAUGGAUAGAAAAAUUCUUCAUCUCCUUUCUUUGGACCCAGAUGUUUUCUUUUUGGUUAUCUAUGGUUUAGCUGAAAACAAAAUCAAAGCAGCUAAGUCUGUAACUUUCUUUUUGCAGCUUAAACAACAGAAUUUGCUGCUCUCCCUCCCCUUUCCUGCAAUAUAAUUCCUUACAGAUUUUGCCAUGGGGUGCGGACUUAGAAAGCUAGAAGACCCUGAUGAUAGCAGCCCUGGAAAAAUAUUUUCUACCCUGAAGAGACCGCAAGUGGAAACAAAGACAGACUUUGCUUACGAAUAUGCAUUGCUGGAUUUCACUCUACAAGCUUCAUCAAACCCAGCAGUCAUCAAGAUAAAUUCAAUUCUAGAUAUCGUAACAAAAGUGGAAGACUAUUAUCUUAAAGGAUAUAUUGUUGGGGCUAUUCAUCCUGUUAUACAACCUGUGGGGCAGCGAAAACACCUACCUGCAAGUUACCUCUAUAGAGUGGUGCUAUCACGCUUGAAAUUAAGCCCAAAGAAUUCAGCAGCACCGAGUGGACAAAGACGCCCAAGGCUUGUGAUUGAGGAAUGUCCUCUAACUUCUGAGGCACAAACAAAUGACGUAGCAAAAGAACUGAUAGAAAAGAUUAAUGUCGCUGCUAAAAGAGGAAUGAAAUUUGUUGGAUUCAUAUCACAGCAUUAUUCUCCAUCUAAAUUCUGCAAUGGAACCAACCAUGAUGGAGAUAUAGAAUCAAUGCUACAUGUGAGACAUGGUUCAGAUGAAAACUGUAGAAGUUGGAAUGAAGGGACAUUAAGCGGGCAGUCAUCUGAAAGUGGAAUUGAAGAAGAACUUCAUCAUGAUAGUGGACAAUAUCAAAUGGGACAAAAUGGCAGCCCCAGUUCUUCUAAAUCAAGAAAGGAAGAAGCCUCAGACAACAAAUUGUAUACAGUCUUCAAUGUUUUUGAUGAUGAUUCAGCCUCCUGGACCUAUCAGGAAGGCAUCCUGUCAAUGAAAGUAACCAGAAAAGGAUCAGUCAUUAGCACGCUUGAUGCCGAUUGGCUGGAAUUAACUACAUUUUAUUAUAAACAAGGCUUGUCUUUAAUUGAUUCUUUUGUAUUCUGGGAAACAUCUAAAGGGGAACAUUUGCCUAAAUCUUUGGAAGGAUUUUUUAUCUAUGAAGAAGAAGGUUCUGGAGUUCCAGGUUCUAGUAGGAAAGGAAAUGAUGCCAUCGUAGUAGAACAAUGGACUGUGAUUGAGGGAUGUGAAAUCAAAACAGAUUAUGGCCCUCUGCUGCACACUCUGGCUGAAUUUGGAUGGCUUCUGACAAGCGUGAUGCCCACACCUGUAUUAAGACAUGACAGUGAAGGGAAUUUGGCUACAAAGCAGAUCGUAUUCCUUCAGAGACCAGUUAUGUGGAAUUCAGCUGUUCAAACACCAGAUAAGAAAGCCAGCCGCCACAUAAAAGGUGAAGACAAGAACAAAGCCACCAGUAGGAGCAUUGGAUUAGACACAACCACAUCACAACCUGCAGAGAGCAGACACCCACCUGAGGAGUGCCCCCUUUCUCCCUCCAGGGAAUGCUGGACAAAGGAGGGGAGGCUGGCACAGCACAACAGCUUCUCUGGGUUCAGCAGCAGCGACAGUGUCCUCAGGGAAUUAGAUGACGGACAGUUAGAUCAGGAAGAUGGAGUGACUCAGGUCACUUGUAUGUGAGCCAUGAGGUGAAGCAGAGGAAGGCCCUGUAUAUAAUUGUUAAAAUCACUGCCAGCUGA